CUUCAUCCAUCGUGAGUAGGGUUUUCAGAUUCACAAUUUACUCUCGUCAUCUCCAUGCUUACGAGCUACUAACGGUUCUUUUUCUCCGUUCGAUUAUUGAAUGCGACAUUCCAAUUUCUCUCUUAUUUCGUUUCCGUAGCUCGAUAAUCAAAAAACAUCAAAUUGCCUGGUGAUUCGGUUGUGUUCACAUAGGAGUUGUUUGUGACAAUGAGACGGCAGGGGCAGUAUGGUGAUCCAUCUGCCAAUGCUUAUGUUGGUGCCCAGGUGCAUCAUCAUAUGGCUGGUCAAAGGGUGGAGACCAAGUCUGGUAAUUUUGAAGGACGGCUAGAGACCUUUACUCCGGAGAGAGAGAAUCUGUAUGCAAAUUCCAAGCCAGAGGGUCAGUGGAGAUGGGAAACGGAUGAGUCAAAGAUGUCUAAUUCAAUGAAUUCUCGAAUGUUUAGUGAAGGUCAAGGGCGUGAUGCUUCAAGGCCCUAUUUUCAAGGGCAGAGGCCUGAUCCUAAGUUGGCUUUGCAGAACCGGAGCAGUAAUGAUUCCAGAUCUCAGGCUCAUGAAGCAGAUAUUGAUGUUGGAUAUGAAGGAAAUCAUUUAUCACAAGCUUUUGAGGGUCUUGAGCAGAAUUUUCAUGAUGACAUCAUGAAACUCACCAAAGAACAGAAUGAUGCUGAAGAUGCAGAAUAUGCCAGGCACAGAGAGAAAAUAAAUGCAAUCAAUACUCAAUAUGAAGAAAAACUGGCAGCACUCCGUGCUCGAUAUAGCAGCCGCAGAGCAGAAUUGCUUCAAAGGGAAUCACAUGCUAGGCAACAGCAGUACCAGCAAACCGUAAGGGGUCCCUACCCAAGCAGUGGCAUGGCACCCAGAGACCCUCAUGGGUACAACAAUGUUAAUGCUUCAGCUGCAGGUGGAGACGUACAAGGAGGCUAUUCUGCUGAUCACAUUGAUCCUUAUAGAGAGCGAGCUCGAUUUCUUGGGGGUUCUAGAGAUCAAGGAUUUGAGGCUAGAGGUCCGUAUCCUGGGGGGCGUGUCUAUGACACUGGUUCGCGCUACUACAAUUGAUUUUUGACCCAAAGGUUCAUCCUCUCAUUUGGGGCUCUACUGUGGUGCAAUUCAAAUUGCUUAUAUGGACAUCAUCAAUGUUGUGUCAUCGUACCAUCAUCAAUUCAAAUCAACGGUUCUUAGCAGCUCUGUUCUGUAAAUGUAAUCAACAUUGAAGCUGCACACUUUAACGUGAUGUUGUGUGUUUAGAUGUAGGACCGCCAGGAUGUUUGUUUGUUUGUGCUUAUGACAGUCAAUAACAUUCAAAACUUAGAAAUAGAAUAUUCCAAUUGAUAUCAACCACAUAAAAACCAUGUUUAGCUCGAGAGGAUGGCAUGGGUCGGAUAAAUUUGUUGCUACCAUCUAUAACAACUAGAGAU